AGUCUCCUUUGCUCACUGUCACAGCAGAGCGUCACGCUGAAAAUCACAAUCUGGGACUUAUCAAGUGGCCUCUGAUCUUUCUCUCUUUUUUACCACUUUUCCUCUCUUUUUGUCUUCUCAUUUUUCCAAGGAAGAGGCAUUUUCACUGACAGCUUCUCGGACAGCUCUGGGACACCAUUUUUCUGAGGAGGCAAGCUCUUGGCUGUAAUACUUUAUUGCAGUCAUGGCCCCUAAGAAGAAGAAUGUAAAGAAGAACAAAGCAGAUAUCAAUGAAAUGACUAUCAUUGUGGAAGAUGGCCCUCUCAGUAAACUAAAUGGCUUGAAUGGACUCUUGGAUGGAGGAAAUGGUUUCAGCUGCAUCUCCUCUGAAGUUUCUGACCCAUCAUAUAGCCCAAAUCUCUUGGAAGGUCUAAGCAGAAUGAGACAAGAAAAUUUUCUUUGUGACUUGACUAUCAGUACCAAAACCAAAUCCUUCAGUGUUCAUAAGGUGGUGAUGGCUUCAUGCAGUGACUACUUUCACAACAUCUUGAAGAAGGAUCCGUCCACUCAAAGAGUAGACCUCAAUGACGUAUCCCCACUGGGUCUAGCUACUGUUAUCACUUAUGCUUACACUGGAAAACUUACUCUCUCACUUUAUACAAUAGGUAGUAUUAUUUCCACAGCAAUUUAUCUACAGAUUCACUCCCUUGUAAAGAUGUGCUGUGAUUUUCUAAUCCAAGAAAUCAGUGUUGAGAAUUGUAUGUACGUUGCCAAUAUUGCAGAAACAUACGGACUGAAAACAACCAAGGAAGCAGCACAUAAAUUUAUUCGAGACAACUUCAUCGAGUUUUCAGAAACCGAACAGUUCUUAAAACUUACUUUUGAUCAGAUUAAUGAACUUCUUGCAGAUGAUGACUUGCAGUUGCCUUCUGAAAUUGUUGCAUUCCAGAUUGCGAUAAAAUGGCUGGAAUUUGACCAAAAAAGAGUUAAGUUUGCUGCUGAUCUCUUAAGUAACAUCCGUUUUGGUACCAUCUCAGCCCAAGACCUUGUCAGUUAUGUUCAAACUGUUCCCAGAAUGAUGCAAGAUGCAGACUGCCAUAAGCUCCUAGUGGAUGCCAUGAACUAUCAUUUGCUUCCCUACCACCAGAAUACACUGCAGUCCAGAAGAACGAGGAUCCGUGGAGGUUUCAGAGUCUUAGUUACUGUUGGGGGGCGCCCUGCUCUAGCAGAAAAAUCUCUUAGCAGAGACAUCUUAUACAGAGAUCCUGAAAAUGGAUGGAGGAAGCUGACUGAAAUGCCUUCUAAAAGUUUUAAUCAGUGUGUGACAGUGAUGGAUGGAUUUCUCUAUGUGGCUGGUGGGGAAGACCAGAAUGAUGCCAGGAACCAAGCCAAGCAUGCAGUCAGCAAUUUCUGCAGAUACGAUCCUCGUUUCAACACCUGGAUUCACCUGGCGAGCAUGAACCAGCGGCGCACCCACUUCAGCCUGAACGUGUUCAAUGGCCUCCUCUAUGCCGUGGGUGGUCGCAACCCUGAGGGCUCCCUCUCCUCCAUUGAGUGCUAUGUGCCUGCCACAAAUCAGUGGCAGCCAAAGGCAUCUCUGGAGGUGCCCAGGUGCUGUCAUGCCAGUGCCGUGGUGGAUGGUCAGAUCCUGGUGACAGGAGGGUACAUUAAUAAUGCUUACUCUCGCUCAGUGUGCGUGUAUGACCCCAGCAAAGAUAGCUGGCAGGAUAAGUCCAGCCUCAGCACCCCGAGGGGCUGGCACUGUGCAGUGUCUCUGCUGGAGAGGGUCUAUGUCAUGGGGGGGUCUCAGCUGGGGGGGCGAGCUGAGAGGGUGGACGUUCUCCCCGUGGAGUGUUACAGUCCUUACACAGGGCAGUGGAGUUACGUGGCUCCGCUCCAAACUGGAGUCAGCACUGCUGGUGCCUCCAUCCUUAAUGGGAAAAUUUACUUGGUGGGUGGCUGGAAUGAAAUAGAGAAGAAAUAUAAGAAAUGCAUUCAGUGCUAUAAUCCGGACCUCAAUGAGUGGACAGAGGAAGAUGAGCUGCCUGAGGCCACUGUGGGCGUAUCCUGCUGUACAAUAUCCAUGCCCAGCACCAAGACAAGAGAGUCCAGGGCCAGCUCAGUUUCUUCUGUCCCAGUCAGUAUUUAAGUACAGGUCUAAGCAUCAGUAAGUACAAAUGUUUACUGGCACAGCUGUAUAAUUAACCCUUUAAGUAGCAUUUUUGUGCUUAUAUGGAAAAAAUCAUUGGUUUUGCAGCACUUUUAACAGUGCAAACUGGGCACUUUUCAUGAUGUAAUACAGAUGGCACAAAACUACAUAUUAGGGAUAAGAUAGGCUUUACUAGCAGGAAAAGAAAAUUAAGCCAUGACUGCAAAGGGAAUUUAAUUUUUUUCCUGACUUUGCCACUGAUUUAGAGUUAUCUGUGGCAAAUUAUUUAAAUUUUUUUGUGCCUUUGUUUCCUUACCUGUAAAAUAGAUAUAUACUUGCUUCAGAAGAUUGUUGUGAGGCUUUUUUAAUAUUGAGUUUUAAAUGCUUUCAGAAGUCAAAAUGAAAGUCAGGUAUUGCUAGUAAUAAAUCUCAGCAUAGGUCAGGAAUGUGCCACAUGAUCAUAAAAUUGGCCAGUUUUUUUCAUUUCUAAGCAUAUUCCAUUUUGAAAAACAGGGGAAAUAAACAAACAAACCAACCUCCACAAACCAUAAGAUAUAGCAUGUGUGUACUCCCCCUGUGGCAAUGUUAUUCACAUCAAAAAUUUCAAAAGUUUUGUUUGUUCAGAAGUUAGGAAGGUUCCCUACCUUAUGCCAUGAAACCCUUUCCUUUUAAUAUCAAAUGCUGUGACAUUUCAAGACCUGAAUCCACAGGAUUACCUUACCUUCUGCAGGCAUUAGGGACAGCCCCAAGGCCUGCCUUGGGUGCUAGGUUUUUCUCCUGAUCUCCAUGUGUACACCAAGGAACAAGACCAUGACCCAUCCUCCUCCUCAUGCCGGGGAGACUCUCUUGUCACUCCAGGUGGAAGGCAUGAAGGCCAGUCAGAAUGUCUCCUCCUAUUCCUACUCUUCCCAUCUGUGUAGGAAUGAUGUUCUUGUUCAAGAAGGUCCUCAUCAGUGUGAAGAGACAGGAACUGCUGCAGCCAGGCCAAAAUCUGUAAGCUGAGUUCAUGCCAGGAGGCACCUCUUGGAGUGGAGAAGUACAGAGCAUCUUUCCUAUUCAGUAGUAUUCCAACAAAUUCCUGGCCCAGUGAGGAACAAAACAGAAUCAAGACUGCAGGAUCUUCCUGGAAGAGUAGAGUAUAUGUGUGAAAAAUGGUGAAUCUUGGGAAAACUGGAUGAAAUCAGAGAGUUUCCUUGAUAGUACCAAAGAGAAAACUUAGCACCCUUCUUAGCAGGUGUAGGUGCAACACUACCCCAACUGACCUUUUCCUGGGAAUACCAUUACAUACUUCUUUUUGAAGCCUUCAUUACAGUCCUUUUUAUUUUCUGAAGAGCUUUUAUUCACAUUUUUCCAAGGGCUAGUCUAAUGCUCUGCCUGUUGAAAUCUGUGAGGUUUUCCCAAUGAUCAGAGUCACUGGGACUCUAAUCUUCACUGGGACUUCAGUCAGAUUUCCUUCCAAUAACUUUUCUUCCUAAUUUUAUCAUGCAGUGAGGGAAUUAAGCAUGAAACCAAAUCCUGUUCCCUUAACCAAAAGAAUAUAUGGCCUAUAAUGUCCCUUGAGAAAUUGAUAUCAAAGGCCUGCUGUCAGCACAAAAUGUCUAGAUCCUUCUGUUGGGGAAAGAAAAAAGCAACACAAGGAACUAAAAUGAUUUAAUAUAAGCAAAAGGGUAGAAGUUCACUCACCUUAACCAGUUCAUAGUGGCUUCCAUGUGCAGUUUCUUCAGAUUAUCAUUGAUACCUCCAGCCUCUGGUGCCAAUGAGAAGUCAUGCUCUUAGGAAUGUGUACAAAGCAGCCAAAUUGCUAUCUCAUCUGCAAAAGGGAAAUGCUAUAAAAUUGUCUGUAAUGCAGAUAUUGUUGACACAAGCAUUUUCAGACUCAUGCUCUGCUCUUUGUAGCUUAGUUGCACCUAAAUAUUGAGCAGCAGCAUGAGCAUGACACAGUAUUAGAGAUGAAUUAAUUCACUCUGUCAGUUGGGAUUAAGCUCUGUGGUAUUCAGUUAUGUUUUCCAGUUCUAAUUUAGGAUUGGUGUCUGCAUCCUGACAAUACAAUUUUAAAUCCCAAAUUCUAUCUUUCAGUGUUUCAUGUUAUUAGAAUACGUUGCAUUGCAAUGACUUUUGGUCAGAGUAAUGCUGUCUUAUAAUUUUGAUAAAUUUAAUUAGCACACCGUUAUUAUUUAUCCUGUUUAAUUCAAACCACAAAAAAUUAAAAUACAUAACAAAACAUGGAAUUCCAUAACAGUGUAAGAUUACUUUGAUUUAAAAAUACCUGUUCCAGUCACCUAAAGCUUCUUAUGGAUGAGAGCAAAAUUUCUCUUAUUUAGGAAGCUCUUUGAAAAAUCCAUCUGCUCCAAUUUUUUUUUCUUUUGUUAAAUUUUAAUGCUAUUAGAUGAAGUUCCUUAUCCACCUGGUCCAAUGAGGACAGUGGUCACAGCACCAAGCCUCCCUGAGUUCAAGAAGUGUUUGCAUGACACUCUCAGGCACAUGUGUGAUUCUAGAGGUGCCCCACACAAGACAGAAUUUGAACUUGGUAAUUCUGAAGGGUCCCUUCCAACUCAGCACAUCCUAUGAUUCCGUGAUAUCCAAUUAUAGUUGUAUAAAUACUUGAAUUACUCAGUGUUCCUAAAGCACCCAAAAGAUGGUAUUUAGGAAUUGAAGAAACAAUAAUUUUGGCCACAGAGGGACAUUGGAUUAAAUUGUGUCAUACACAAGUUUCUCAUUUUCCCUAUUGGAACUGAGUUUAAAAAUUCUGUGAGUAGUCAGGUGCUGCUGCAAGAUUUCCUCUUUUGUGAGUCAACACUUCCUAUAGGCCAACAACCAUCUUCUGGUUUUGAGUAGAAAGGUAUUUGUGAAUGAUGGGCUAAGUGCAAUGAAACUACUCUCUUACUACUUAAAGGGUUAAAAACUUUGGGGGCCAAAUCCUUUUCAUCUUACAAAGAAGUUCCAUUGACUUUGCUGAGACUACUGAGUAAGAUGCACAGGAUUUCAAACUCCUGGCCAAAUUCUGGCAGAAUAGUGGAUACAGAUGCCUGCCAAAAUAGUCAUACAAAGAAGGAAGACCUCUGCUUCUCAGCCUCCCCUGCCCUUGGCCACAACAAAUGCAUGAAGAUGUGUCCUAGGGCAGGAGCCAGGUACCACUGGCCAUGGGAUUCUUCUGUAGCACAAAUUAGGUAUGUACCUCAGGCCAAAAAUCUUAGGUAGAUUAGCAAAUGGCAUUGUUAGGAGUAUAACACUUCAGAGUAGCUGUGUUAUUUGUGUUAUUUUCUCUAAGCAUCUGUUUAGGUGUCAACUGCACAUUGAGCCAGGAUUUGACCCUUAAUAUGUGACGGUAUCAGCUGAACUUAAUAUUAUUUUGAUCAUACAAAGGCACUGAGCUAUUUGUGACAUUUCUAUGUACAAACUUGUUUUGUUACAACUGUGAAAAAUAGUUUGUAUGUUGUGUCUUAUGGUACAGUGUUCUUUCAUUGUCCAGUACCAUAUUUUCAGUCUCCAGAUGUCUAAUAACAUCUCAGUCAAACUUGAAAUAUUGCAUAUCAAAAAAAGAAACUUUAAAAUGUGGUUUAGGAAGCACUCUAAAUGGUAGCAUUAAGUAGAGCUGAGAGCCUACAACUGUGUGAUAUGCAGAUUGUUAAAACAUGACAGAGAUCUUCUUUAAUGCUAUACUAAUAGAAAGAAAAAAAAUCAUACAUGCUGUGAUCUUCAAAAUUCCUUAUGCCUGUGCAUUUUAUAGUGGACAACAUCUGUGCUUCCAAAGAAUUCAAAUUUGAAAAUAAGCUUUGUUCAGUCUGUGAGUGAAACAGUUUGAAAGUGUUUUGUUUUCUUUUUUAUUCAUACUUGUGUAGGUGCAUGGGAGAGUACGUUACAAGGUUGUGAGGGAGGAACUUACUGUUGAAAACUUCUGCUGAAAGGAAGAUUUUGUGCUUAGUUCUUAAUCAGGAUGAGAUCAUGCUCAUUUAGUAUCUUCCUGAAGUUAACCCACAGGAUUGUCUGUGGAUCAGCCAAAAGUGCAGUAAGCUUAAGUGCCAAUUUCUAGCUGGUCAAAGAGGGAUGCAGACAAAAUUAGCAUCAACCAAAGCUAUGAGGUGUUGAAAACUGCUUUGUGUUGAGAUUUUAAAAUGACAGUUCUUGUACAAAGAAGGACAUGAUGAAUGAAAUGACUGAAUAAAACUAUGUUUUACGUUGUCCUGAAACCUAGAUUAGUUGAUCCUACAGUUUUAGCUUUCUCCAAACCCGUGCUGGAUUUAGAGGGAGUUUUUCACUGGUAACAGCUGGGUUCAGUAAUUUUAGUUGCAAACACAACAGUCAAACAAAUAGUUGCAGAAUCAUGCUUACUUUCUUGAAUUCAGAGCAAGUUCUACUGUAUACAGUUAUUCUCAUGUGUUUAUGUUUGGAAAAUAAAAAUACAAGAACUAAAUUCCUAGGUAGACAAUAACAAUGCCCAAUGAAAGCCAACACUGAGGUAUUAGACUGCUCCUCAAUAUUGCUGCUCAACUGCCCACUUACCAUGCAGGAGCAUGAAAUGUUUCGAGGCUCAGCUUCUCUGUAAGGAUUUUUUUCAAUUUGGGUGGCUGCUCAAAAAAAAACACAAACCUCUGCUCCAAGGGUGUUUGUGCAACACAUAGGAUAGGAGGUGCAAGAACCUCCAGUCAGUCAAAACAGGAAGAUGUAGGUUUUUAUCCCAUUCUCAACAAUGUUUGAUAAAUACAUGCUGGAGGGAAUUACCUGCUUCAACACACAUCUUUCUGUAAGCAGCCUUUCUUUAUGUUCUCUAACUGAGGUGUUCCAGCCUUUCUUAUGAAAAGCAAGACUCAAUUUUCAGUUGCCAGUAUCUUAAAUUCUCAGUUCAACUGAAUAUUCAAUCCACUUUAACCUGGUUUACCCAAGCUGGGAAAUCUUUUUCAAAUUCUAAAGCUACCAGAUUGGAGGAGGCAGUUGAAGCCAAUAAAUAGUAGUCUUCUGUAGUCUUCUGACUUUUUUGCAAUGAAUCUUCUCAUCCUUUUUUUUAAGUAUAAACUUUCUGUAAGUGAUCAAAAACAUUGUGAUGCAUAGAUUUAUACUUUUACUCCUCCAUGCAAAGGAGGGUUUCUUGUCCCUUUUAUUUUCUCAUUCUUGUCCAUAACUGAGUGAUUCAUGGGGCACCAAAGAAGAUGCACAGAUGUAAACAGUAUAUAAAAGUUCACCUGUGAAUCUAAUUUUAAAAAUCUCAUCACCGGUGGCCACCAUACAGGAAAAGGACAUAAUCUGCAAUGCCUGCUGGAAAAAAAAAAAAAAAAGGAAUGAAAAAUCAGUUUCUGGUGCUCAUUUGCAAGUGCUAUGAUCCUAGAAGUUCCCUAAAGAUUAAAAGAAAAUACAUACAAUUCUUAUAGCUUAUAUGAGAGAUUCAUUUAAUACCAGAUGAGAUUUGCUAAGCAACAAGACUUGUACAAAUUCAUUACUGUCUCAAUGAAAAUUAAAUUUUCAGUAAAAAUAUAGUCAAUUAGUAAACUUAAGAGAAAUACAUAGUCAGUUUCUGUUGGUAAGAAUGGGAACAUACACCUUCAGAUACACUGGAUUUGUUGCUGCCUUGGCAGUUUUUUUGUCAACAAGAAAAAUUAAAAAUAUAACUUUCUUGAGUAAAGCAUUUCCCUGGCUUAUAAGUGUUAGACAUGUUGCUUAUACAUAUAGGUUUUCUCAAACACACUAUAAGAAUGGACUGUGAUAACUAAGGGGAACACAUUUCAACAUAAAAAAGCAGCAAGUAUCAUCUCAGAAUGUUACUACAUAAAAAUUUAAAAAAUGAGUGCAGCACAGUUGUAGUUAAGAAGAAUAACAAUACACUGGUAUUUUUCAUUGUAUGCUUUAAAUAAAACUGUUGACACACGGUGCAAACAUUCUUAUUGUAAAAUCAGUUGGAAACUGCAAAAAUCUCUUUCCAAUGAAUGCUUGGUUGCAGUUGAAAUAUGCUUUGUUUUCUGAGCCCUGUGCUGAUCCUUCCUUUCGUAUCAGUGAACUGGAAUGUUUGUUACACCCAGGCUGUCAAAUCACCUUCACAAUAAGCUACACAGUGUGACACUGGAGCCACUUUUAUCUAUUGCAUUAUAUUACACGGACAACAACUUGCUUUUUGACAAUGAAUUCCACAGUCAUUUGUUGUAAUCAAAAUGCUUAAUGAGAAAUGAUGAUAGAUCACAUGUCUGAUCAGCAAUUGUGAACAUGUUUUCAUUUGGAUUGUAUAAGCAACAGUGUUGGAAAUAAAAUCAUCAAAAAAUUAAGGAAAAAAAAAAA